AUGGCAAUCGAUCUGCCAACGAUUCGACACGCAUGCAUAUUUCCAUUGCGUGCGCCGAUAUGUAGAAAGUCGAGGAUCCAGUCCCUUUCUGGACGCCGACUCGAGCAACAACGGAGGAUUGUUAUUACGACUAAGAGGCGAAAAGACAGCGCGACAACUGAGAUGCUACAGGGGAAUGGAAGCGACCACGUUGUCUUUGAGGACGGCUGGUUGACGAGCGAGAGGGUCCUCGAACGCUUUCCGAGGGGUAUGUAAAAAGUGCUAGAGCUCGUAGGGGGAGCGACACUGGCGGAUUCGACAGCAUGUCUUGCCCAGGAUGGAGACUACUGGUUUUGUGGGUUGGUCGGAGGUAGCCUAGGGGUGCCUGACUUCAAUUCUUUUGGCCAUGAUCAAGCUAGGCACCUCCUUGACGGUAUACGGCGAGCGGACUUUUGAGCCAAAGAACUUGACACUGGAUCAGCUGGUUCAGCAGAUCGAGAACGGCUCCCUAAUCGUCAAGCUUAGCAGGGUGUUCCAUAUGGAUCGGAUUGUGGAAGCACAUGAGUGCUUGGAGAAUAACGAAGGGUUGGGCAAGAUCGUUGAGAGACCGCGUGGAAUGCAAGCAUAG